CUUGCACCGGUAUGCGACAGAAGGAUAUAAAUAUCAUGCCUUUUUGUCUACUUACAAUUCUACUACGCAUAUCUCGAAUAUCACCUACUAUAAUACUUUAUUACCAUGUUUUCUGCUGCUCGUAACCAAUUUUUCCGAUCCAAUGCAACUCGUUCCUUUUUCUUACACCGUGCUGAUCCUCAAACCUUUGCCCACCACUCUGGAAGGAUGAUGAUGCAUAACGGACCAAGGUUGGGAGGAUUGAUCUUCGGUAUCGUAGUACUUACAGCCACGUAUCAUGCUGGAAAACACCGAGGUGCCAUGCAAGCUACUAGUGGUGAAUACAAGGGAUAUUAUGGAUGGGGAUGUCACCCUCAUUAUUGCCAUCAUUGUCAACAUGGAGACCCGCAUCAUCGGCACAAUGCCUCUCAGCCUGGAGUAAUCGGUCCACAGCAAUCACAAGCAGAAACUAUUAGCGACAGUGGAUUACCUCAAAAUGCAGGUGGCCAUAUGUCUUUCACUCUCGAUAAUGGAUUGGGUCGUUAA